AUGUUUAACUCGGUGAACCUGGGCAACUUCUGCUCGCAGUCGCGCAAAGAGCGGAGCGCCGAGUUUGGCGAGCGGGCAGGUUGCGCCUCCAACCUCUACCUCCCCAGCUGCACCUAUUACGUCCCUGAAUUCUCCACCGUGUCCUCCUUCCUGCCACAGGCCCCCUCUCGCCAAAUCUCCUACCCGUACUCCGCCAACCUCUCGCAAGUGCCGCCCGUGCGGGAGGUCUCCUACGGGCUCGAGCCCUCGAGCAAGUGGCACCCGCGCGGCAAUUACGCGGCGUGCUACUCCGCGGAGGAGCUGAUGCACAGGGAGUGCCUCCCGCCCGCCACCAUGAGCGACAUGCUAAUGAAAAACGAGAGCGGCUACGGCCACCACCACCACCACCACCACCACCACCCCAGCUCCAACCACCCGGCCCCGGCGGGCUUCUACGGCGGCAUGAGCAAAAACACCGUCCUGCCGCAGGGCUUCGACCGCUUCUUCGACAACGCCUAUUGCGGCGCGGAUACCCCCGCCGAGAGCUGCCUGCAGAAAAGCGAGGGCAAACUGGAGCCCGAGGCGCAAGCCCAAGCGCUGGCAGCCCGCGGCGAGCCCGGGUUGGACCCGGAAGACGAAGAGGAGAACACGAACCCCGGCUCUUCAGCCUCAUCCUCCUCUGUCAACAAGGAGAGCAGCAAAAGCAGCAACGCGAGUGCUCCCAGAACAAGGAAGAAGAGAUGCCCCUAUUCGAAAUUCCAGAUCCGAGAGCUGGAGCGUGAAUUUUUCUUCAAUGUCUAUAUCAACAAAGAGAAAAGGCUCCAGUUGUCCAGGAUGCUAAACCUCACCGACCGACAGGUUAAAAUUUGGUUCCAGAACAGAAGAAUGAAAGAAAAAAAAUUAAGCAGAGACCGCCUGCAGUAUUUCUCUGGAAAUCCCUUAUUGUGA